ACACGUUCACGUCCGCUCUGAUUUCCGGGUUGGCGAAUUUCUGCAGGUGCCAAUUUAUCCACGUCACUUUUGUUUUUACUUGUGUAACGUUUACAGCUCGCGCACGCAUACACAAUAACGUAUUUCUACCGGAUUUAUUCCGCGUUAACUCUUACAAACCGCAGGCUGCCAUGGCGUUACUGGAAACGGACGACAGUUAUGAUUUCGUCUUCAAAAUAGUUUUGGUCGGGGAUGUCGGUGUGGGGAAAACCUGCGUGGUUCAGCGUUUUAAGACGGGCACUUUUAUCGAAAGGCAAGGUAACACAAUCGGAGUGGAUUUUACAAUGAAGACGAUGGAAAUUCAGGGGAAAAGAGUUAAGUUGCAGAUUUGGGACACGGCGGGGCAGGAGAGGUUUCGGACUAUCACGCAGAGCUACUACCGCAGCACAAAUGGCGCCAUAAUCACGUACGACAUCACCAAGAAAGCAUCCUUCAUGGCUGUGCCCAAAUGGAUGGAGGACGUCAAGAAAUAUGGCGGCUCAAACAUUGCCACUCUUUUAAUAGGUAAUAAAUCAGACUUAACUGAAGAGCGUGAUGUUUCUUUUGAGGAAGCUCAGUCGAUGGCUCACCAGCUGGACUUCAUCAGCGCUAUUGAAACGUCUGCCAAAGACUCCAGCAACGUGGACGAAGCGUUUAAUAAAAUGGCAGCCGAGCUGAUGCUGAGACACGGCGGGCCCGUGUUCAGAGACAGCGUAACCGACAGCUUCAAACUCAACAGCAAGGACGUGAGCGGCGAGGCCUGGAGCUGUGGCAGCUGUUGAUGCUGGUUUUGUUUUGUUUUUUACUUUGUCAUACCUGUUCUUAGCCACGUUGGCCUGUAAUUCAUCACAGGGCUCCUUUGUGUAAAUCACGGGCUUAAUCGUCAGUGUCGACCGAAUUAUAAAUCAUUAAUUGAUUAACAGAUGUACUCCUCCGAUUUUCAGGGAGCGGUAGUUGGCCAUGGCAGGCCCAAAAGCAACUGUGUUUUAAGAAAGUAAAGGGAGUAGUGGAAAAUGCACGAAAACGAUUAAAGUAGCUGCUGCUUUGAUCUUAUAGGAACGUUGACGAUCCUACUAUGAUUAUAAUAAGAGAAUGAUGAGGUUUCGGCCACGUUUGAACCGCUCUGGUUUGACCUGCCUGAAAUUCUCAAACUAGCUUCGUAUUAGCUGUAGCUAAAUGUGUUUAAAAGUUUAAAUCAGUACAUUGUCGUAGUUGAUUCAAUCUGGAGAAAGUGGAAUGAGGUGAGGAUAGUCUCGUAUGCCUCUGUUUUCUCCAGCUGACUUAUUUUACACCUGAUCAUUAGUACUGAACCUGCUGCUGAGGCACUUUUAUUUAAAUAUGUAUCAUUAUAUCCCAGUGAGCACCGGCCAACCAGAGAUGGCGAUGAAUUUCCUUGAAUGGAUCAACCAAAAAUUUUGCUAAGAAGUGUACACAAUGUGCUCCUUAUAUCCAGUAUACAUAUGAAAGUAUUCCAGUGUUUGCUUCUUUAGUUCAGCAUUACAGGAAUACCAUCCAGAUAGUCUGAUUUGGAAUAGCAGAGAAAGUCUGUUAGAUAUUAAAAUGACUCAAACGGGAAAAAUCUGAUUCGCCUCUAAUAUACAAGCCUGGGGUCAUAUUUCCUGCCUGAGUCUGAUACUCGCGUGGAGUGACACCAAAUUAUGUGUUGAGAAAGAAAACUGAUUUCGCCAUCAAGAUGCCAGCUUCUACUGUUCAUUUUGAUAGAUAACAGUAUCUAUAUAGAUUUUGAGCUGCUUUUUUUUUUUUUUAAAUCAAUGUUUAUUAAGGAUUUUAUCAUUUAUAUCAAGGUUAUAUGUGAAAGAAAAGAAAGUAGAUACUAGAAGACAAUCCACCAACUCACCCACCCCAGUGAUUUUGAGAUUACUGAGCAGAUGAGUUGUGAGUCCCAGACUGUAGCGCCAACAAAACUAAAGACGCGAACAUCAGACACCAAACAUAUCUAGGCUGAUGAAAUACAUUUAGAGUAAGUGGGAUGUUGUACAAGCUGUAUUUCUGGCUAUCAUUAAGCCCAGUGGUCACCAACCCUGUUCCUGGAGACCGACCUUCCUGAAGACUGUAGCUCCAACCAUAACCGUGCUCACCUUACCAUCUAAUCAUUGCCUUAAGAAGUUCUCGAUCAAUUAAAGCAGGCGUGUUAGCUUUUGGCUGGAGAUGAAAGCUGCAGGAAUCUCCAGGAACAGUUUUGGUGACCACUGAGUUAGUCCAUAAAAUGUGGUUAUUUGAGAGUUAUGGACUUCCUUGGACACUAAAGAUGCCCUGAUCCAAUGUUGAGAUUUGGGGUUUGAGAUUUUGGAUCACGUUUGACGAGUUCUCCAAUCCAUUCUACUGUGGUACUGUGGUCCAGUUUUUAAAUACAUUUUAUUUGUGUUGCACUUUUGACACUGUCACAAAGCAGCUUUACAGAAAUCUGGGCUUAGAUCUAGACCCCUAAUGAGCAAACUAGCGCUAUAUAAAUAAAACUGACUUGAAUUGGCAUGGCAAGGAAAAUCUCCAUGUCGACUGAUUCAGCACUUGUCUCACAGCAAUGCCUCAGAAGUGUCUCAUAACUUGGCAUCUGAAGCUUGCAGAGAGUCGAGUCAGUUUCUGAGAGGAUUCAUAUCAGAUGCACUUUACUCAGAAAUCUGCACUCGGUGUUGUAUCAAACAGUGGUAUCGCUGUAUCCUUAUUAAAUAGACACACGUAAAGUUUGACGUCCUGUUUACGACCCCAGUCAGCUUUUCUAUAUCCCUUGAAACGCGUUCACUCUGGCCCAAAACCUAGAUGUCUGUGUCUCUGAACCAUCUUCGUGCUCACUGGGGAAUAAUUACACAAAGACGAUCUAGUAUCAGGUGUGUUUAUAGUAUUAAACUGGAAACAUGUUGAGCGUAUAGGGUUAAAAACCCUGGCUGUAUUGUUAGUGUUAAUAUUUUAACAUGUGUAAGAGUAUAUAAUAAAGAAAUAGCAAACAAAUACGGGAAAGUUGAAAGAAAAUGAGGAAUAAAUUUCCGCUUUUCACACGAAUGAAACUCUUUAGUAAGUAAUGUUUAGGCAGAUUCGAAUAAGAAUAUGAAGGUAAAGUAUUUGUGAUCGUAUUAGAAAGUAAAUUAGCAAAGCCUUUUCUGUUUUUUUUCUUUCUUUCUUUCUUUAAAUUCUUUUAAAACAUUUCCUAUAUAAUUUAAAAUUCCAUACUUUGUAUUUUACAGACUGGUUAGGAUGAAAGGGGCCAUAUUAUUAUUAUUAUUAUUAUUAUUAUUAUUAUUACAUUAUAAUUUUUAUAUAUUAUUGUUGAAGACUUUUAUUGAUCUCAUGCCGUAUCUGAAAAGAAGGUUUAAGGACUAAUUGCAUCUCAAGCCACAUUUAUACUAUUUAUAUCCAACUGUUUCAUGAACGAAGGUUUAACAAUCCCUUCAGUACUUCUAGUAGUGUUUUAAUAUUUCUAGUACACUUUUUGUAAAAUACAUAAUUUAUACACAGUAUAUAAAGGACAGUACAAUUUCUUUUGUGGAGUACUUACAGUUUUUAGAAGAUUUAUUACAAUUUUUUUUUUUUUUUAGCAUUUUUGUGCUAAACAGUUUGUACGUGUUUUGGAUGUAGAGCCAGUGACUUGAAAGUGAACGGUGAAACAACGUUCCUGAUUCAGUGUGUUAAGUGCCUUUAGUACAGUUUGGAUAUUGCUGGUAUGAUGUAGUCUUUUUCUAGGUAUAUAAAAUGUAACUAUGCAUUUUUUUCAUGAUGUUUGAUCAAACAAUUAAAUAUUUUUGCUCUCUCAAA